AUGUUACGUUACAUGUGCGCCCUAACUGGUGUAGGGCUCUUGAUAAACUGCAAUAUUGCCACGUACCUGACCGGCAGCGCCCUUAUCCCGCUCGGAUUGACCUGGUGGCAGGCCAUCAUCGCUAUCGUGGUUGGCAACAUUCUUGCGACGUUGGCCGUUGUAGUUAGCUCUCUGGCCGGAGCAUACUACCACAUUGGCUUUCCCGUGUUCAGUCGAGCUGUUUGGGGAACUUGGGGCUUUCAGUUCGUUGUCUGGAAUCGCAUUUUCCUUGCGUACGGCUUCCAAUCAUGGGUUGGCGGCCAAUGUAUCUACCUCAUCCUCCUUUCAUGGGAUCCCAAGUAUGCACACCACAUUCCCAACCACAUUCCAGAAGGAACAGGUACCACCAGCGCCGAGUUCCUGUGCUACUUGAUCUUCUGCGUCGCUAGUCUGCCCGUGCUGUGGAUCCAACCCCACCGCAUCGAAAAGUUCUUUUACAUUGCCAGUGUCGUCACUCUGGCCUUCUUCCUCGUGCUCUUCAUCUGGGCUCUGGCGACCAUGGGACCAGAUGGGUUUGGCGGCACCCUCAACGGCGAUAGCUCUCUGCCAGCCACCGGCGGCACGUACAGCACCGCCUGGCUGAUGACGUACGGCGUCAUGUCGACCAUCGGGUCCAUCGCGGCGGGUAUUCUCAACCAGAACGAUUACGCUCGUCUGGCGCGGCGGCCAGGAGAUGCCAUUUGGGGCCAGGCGCUGGCUUUUCCUCUCUACAGCAUCGCCGCCUCCAUCAUCGGUAUCCUCGUCACAGCCGCCACGCAGAAGCGCAUGGAUGGCGAGGCCGUCUGGAACCCGCCCACGCUCUUUGUGCGCCUGCUUGAGAAAGGCGAGAGCCCAGGCACCCGCGCCGCCGUCUUCUUCGCAGGUCUCGCCCUUGCCGUCUCCCAGAUCGGCAGCAACCUCCCCGGUAAUGCCCUGUCCGGCGGCAUGGAUCUCGCUUCCGUGUUCCCGCGAUUUAUCAACAUCCGGCGUGGCGCGUACAUCGUCGCCCUCUUCAGCCCAGUCGUCAAUCCCUGGCGACUGGUCAACACCGCCACCAUUUUCCUGACCGUCCUCUCGGGUUAUGGUGUCUUCCUGGCUCCCAUGACGGGUAUGAUGGCGGCGCAUUACCUGGUCGUCGCCCGCAUGAAAAUAAACGUCGACGAUCUCUUUGUUGGUGACGGAAGAGGCAUCUACUGGUACUCAGCAGGUGUCAACUGGCGCGCCCCGGUAGCGUGGAUUGUCGGCCUCGUGCCUUGUCUUCCCGGCUUCGUGGCCGCCGUUGACACGUCUGUUGUCAUCUCCGAUGGCGCAACCAAACUGUACUACCUGAACUAUCUGUAUGGCUUCAUGGCGAGUGCUGUAGCCUAUGUGCUCCUGCACCGUGUCCUCCCUGAUAGGAAGUUCCACGCGUUUGUUCAGGAUGGUACUUCAGCACGGGAGACUCAGGGAUUCUACAAUGGGCGCUGGCGUGUGGUGGAGGCGCAGACACCGGAGAUCGAAGACGACUGUGAGGAGCAGACUGCCAAGGGUGAAUUCGUAACAUCGCAUUAA